GCCCCGCCAGCCCGCUGCGUCGCGUCGUCCGGGCGCCGCGUCGAGUCACGCCACCACGCCGCAGACGCCGCAUGCGUUCGCGUUUUUGCGCCUUGCCGGGAAGUGUUGUGUGUGAUUGCCAGUGACAGUUGAAUCAGAAGUGCAAGCCGAGGACGCGCCGCGGCGCAGUGACACGCAGUGAUCCAAGACCAGAGUGUUGUGGGUGUUUACGUUCGGGACAUCGACUCGGCCGCCGCACCGUCGAGCAGCAUUUGACAGCGCCAGCGACGCGGUGGUGUUCUCGGCCACGGCACCGCCAGCGCACCGCGGCCAAGCCGAGGCCUAGCAGCCUGCCGAGGUCUGCGCUUUUUCCGUCUCUACUUCUCCGCCUGGACAAGGAAAGCUCGGCCCACCGGGCCCACCGCCGGCCCUCGCAGCUCGCAGCGUCGGCAGUCUUGCACUAGACUCCGCGGCCGGCAGUCGCCCUCCAGACCAGAGUGGUGACCCUCCCCACCGCGACAUCACCAUGAACACCCCGGCCGUGUCCACGGCCCUGAGCGGCCUCGUCUCCGACGAGCCGGACUGGGAGUCCAAGUCGUACAGCGGCCUGAUGGACAACGACGGCAGCAUGGAGCUGAUGCUGGCCGAGGGGGACAGCGACGAGCAGGACCAGCGCUCCGUCACCAAGAUGAUCCCCGGCGAGGGCAAGCAGGGAAAGGCGCUGCCCUUCGUCAAGCAGUGGAGCUACUCCAUGCACCGCAUCCCCACCACCAGGGAGGCCACCAGGCUCACCCUCCGGGCCAAGGCCAAGAUCCAGGAGGACCUGCACUUCCGCGGCUACCGCGCCCUCGACUGCAGGCGCAAGUGCGGGUUGGCGUCCUUGUUCGCCGCCUUCUUGUUCUGCCUGGCGGGGACCGCCGUCAUGUGGUGCACGUCGCUGUUCCAAGACCUGGUGACCGGGACCAUGGUCAUCUCCAACUCGUCCAACACGUGGGACUGGUGGCGGGCGCCUCCCGUCACCCCGCUGCUCAUGGUGUACAUCUUCAACUACACGAACGCGGACUCGUUCGGGCGCGACGGCUCCAAGCUUCGCGUCCAGGAAGUCGGGCCCUUCACCUACGAGGAGACGACGGAGAAGGUGAACGUGCAGUUUUACCCGAACUCGACCCUCUCGUACCAGGAGAACAAGACCUACACCUUUCGGCCCGACCUGUCGCCGUACCCGGAGGACGCCAAGGUGUUCGUGCCCAACAUCCCCUUCAUGAGUGCCCUCGCGACGGCCCGGGAAGAGAGCUGGGUGAAGCGCGUCGGCAUCAACACGAUGCUGCGGCUGAUGGACUCCAAGCCCCUCCUCCACAUCCCGACCCGUGACCUGCUGUUCGGCUACGAGGACAGCCUCUUCAACAUGGCCAAGUUCACCAAGACCAUCCCCUACACCAAGUUCGGCCUCAUGGUCCCGAAAGUGGGCGUGUCGGACCACGUGAUCACGAUGCACACCGGCGCGGACGACAUGAACCGCCUGGGCCAGAUCGUCAACUUCAACGGCGAGACGAGCCAGGGCGCGUGGCGCACGGACGAGUGCAACCGCAUCGAGGGCUCGGACGGGUCGCAGUUCCCGCCGCCGCAGGUGUCGCCCACGGCGCGCCUCUUCGUCUACAACCGCGACAUGUGCCGCCGCCUGCCGCUCGUGUUCGACCGGUACACCGAGGCGCAGGGCAUGCCCGCCUACCGCUUCCACCUGCCGCCCAACGUGUUCGACAACCCCGGCAAGAACCCGGACAACGAGUGCUUCUGCCACCACGACGACCCCGAGCAGUGCCUGCCCAGCGGCGUCUUCAACUCGUCCGCCUGCAACUUCGAUGCCCCGCUCAUCAUGUCCUUCCCCCACUUCCUGCACGGCGACCCGGCGCUGCGCAACAACGUGAUCGGCCUGAACCCGGACCCCGAGAAGCACGACAUGUUCGUGGACAUCCACCGCACCCUGGGCCUCACCAUCGGCGGCACCUCCCGCCUGCAGCUCAACGUGCAGGUGCGGCAGGCGGCCGGCGUCCUGGGCGCCACCAUGACCCACUUCAAGGACCUCAGCAUUCUCCCCGUAGCCUGGUUCGAACUGAAAGUGACGGACUUCCCCUCGCCGCUCAAGACGCUGCUGUACCACGCCACGUUCACGGUGCACAUCCUGGAGCUUCUGCUCAUGUACGGCUUCCUGGCGGGCGGCAUCGCCUCCGCCGCGGUGCUGUGCCGCCGGCUGUUCCUGCGGGAGCGGGGCACCCUGGACCUGUCCACGGACUCCCCCGACUCGGACUCCGCGUGAGGACAGUGAGGCCUAGGGUUGGCCUAGGCCGGCCUAGGCGAAGGGCUGUGCGUGGACGCCUGUUUCAGUAUUCGGCCAGCUUGAAGGCGGGCCUGUGCCGCCUCUCCCCUCUCCCCCUCGUUCCCACGCUGGAGGGGGGGAGGCGGGUGACGCCCGCCUUUCGAAUUGUACUGCGAAAUCGGGGCGUGGAUCGCCACCGAGGGGCUAAGCCCAUGUCAGUAUUUCUCCCGGUGUCUCGAGAGCGUGCGUGAGUGUGUGUGCGUCUGUGUGCCAGUGUGUGCAUGUGUGUGUCUGUCCCGCCGAUUUGGACCCUCGGAGUGCAGGGUAAAUGCCGUUGAUCGGUCUAGUUUUUCUAUUAGCGCUACUUUGUUCCACCGGGAUGCAGCCUGGCUGCCAGCCUGGAAGAUGUGAACAAGUCACUUGUGUUCUUUAAUACUCAAAUUGUUGUUUACUCAGUACCUAUUAGAUGUGAACAUUGUGCUCAAACGCGGGCACCUCUGGGCGGAGCUCCCCAGAGGUCCGUCUGCCUGGACCAAAUCUAGCUUUAAAUGGAAGGGGCUCGUAUCUGUGCCCCAUGUACAAUGCGUUAGUUCAAAUAGUUUUUUUUGCAUUCCAAGCUGUGUGGUUUUUAAACGAGUUUCAGUACUUGAACUAAUGUUCGGUACAUCGUGAUUGAGUUUUAGGCUCAAAUUUAAGUUUAGACUCCCUCCGCCUGUGGAUGAAAAGCGUUUGUAUGAUUGUUGACCAUUUGUUAUAUUUUUGUUCAGAUUUAUUCAUGCAAUACUGUUUGACGUUGAGCGUCUGAUGCAGAAUGGUAUGUGUAAACACUGUCACAUUCCUCUGAAGUGUCUAUUGUGUCUUUGUUGUCAUAUAGUUAAUGUUACUGUUAAUGUAUUGGUUGCCAUAUGUUCAAUAUUUAUUUCUUCAUCAACUUAUCAUAAUUAUUAUAAUAUAAGUAAUAUCAAUUUAUUAUAGUGAUAGAGGUAUAGUGUAUAUGCCUCAUGUAAUGCUUAGCAGCAUCCUAAACCCUGUGCUGAAUUUUGCCUCAUUCUAUUUCUUCCAUGAAAUGUCCAAAUCCAUAUAUCUCGCUUGUAUUGUUUAUGAAACGUCUAGUCUGGAUCUUCAUUGUUAUCUUUUUUCUAGUAACUGUGUCGUCUGUGGGAUAGCCGUUUUUAUGUUUUUCUAUUGUUGAAGACUGAAUGUAUUUAUUACCAGUUUGCGCCGCGUUUUUGCGGGUCUGCUUAUGAAUUUUGUCCAAAUCGUACCAAUUAGCAGGCUAUCGAAGCAGUGCUCAGUCAUGUUGUAUUGUGAUACUGGUGACGUCUGUAAAUAUACAAAUUGUUAUUUAUACAA